GUAGAACGUCUGCUGAUCGCAUUUCCUAACGUAGAACCUUGAAGUUGGUAUCGAAUGAAAGAGCACGUCGACUUCUAUAUAUUUCGACAGAGAAAAGUUAUGCUACACCUCGGAGUCUUGAGAUAGACAUCUCUGAAAAAUCCGGUUUUCUUGAAAAUCUAGUGAUCUUAAAGUUUCUCUCAGAAGCUUUUCAACCAUAUCAUUGGAUAGCUCCUUCAAUUCUUCAUAAAAUGAGAUGCUGGUCAAGUUUCUACGAUCGUGGUGAAGUUUCUACGUCUCAAAAGGUGGCAUAGAAAAUACGAUACCGAUCGAAAACUGAAUUUAUAUUCAUAAUGUUAAAAAGCCGGUAACUCGGUGAUCCACGGUUUUCCAGAAACCUUAUUAUCAAGAUUUCUCAUAAAAUGGCGAUAUGCACCUCGUCUGAUAGAAAAAUCUUCGGGAUAUUCAAAACAAUAUCCAGAUUGGUUUGAACCUUUACUGAAAAAUCAAAAACAAAGGAAUUUUUUAUGAUUAUGAAACACUGUACUGCAUAUAUAACACCCAAAGGCUUCUUUUGCACAUCUUUGAUCACGGGCUCCAACUGUCUAGAUAUUCUGACCAGCUAAGUUUGUAGAGAAUUUCACGGACUAGCUAAUGGUAUUCUUUUGAAAAAUAUAUAGUUUUUCAUUAAGACAGAAAAGGCUUCUAAAUGAGUAUUCUGCAGCUGUUUUCCGAAAUUCAACGCGUUUUUACAUGUCUUUGAUGACUGACCCCACCAGUCACGAUAUUCUAACUAGCUUACUUUGUAGAGAAUUUCAAGAGCUAUCUAAUCAUGUAUAACUGGAAACUUACAUCCCUUUUUGGCAAGAUUUUCUGGUCAAUGACCUUUCCACAUUCGAUAUCGUCCUGUAUAAUAGAAGUAAUAAAAGUAAGUAAACCGUAAAAUUUAAUUUAAAUACCCAAACCAGAAAAUUUAAAAAAUUUCUCGCGUGAGGGACUACAGAAUUUGAUUCUGAACAACUUUUGUACCCAGAGUUUUGCUUCAAAAUGCUUGGUUCGGGCGAAACUAGCCGUAAGGUGAGGUGAAAAAGUCUUCGCUGAGCUAAAAACCAGCGAUAUUUUCAAGUUUUGAAUUUUUUCUUCAAGCCUUCCCGGUUUGUGCAUGUGAUCUUAAAGAAUCAAAUCAUGUUGCUAGAUAGAGUUAAGUAUCAGCCAGUUUUUGACAAAGUUUGGAAGUGGUACUGUAUUCCUUUGACCAGCUGCAGAAAUUUUAGUGAAGGAUAUGAAAAGUGAAAAUUUCAGGUUUUGCUUGAAAAAUAUUUUUUUCUAAAAGAACAACCAUGUUCUUUUAAUUCUUUUAGCGCCAGUUUAUAGCGCGUCUUCCAGUCUACAAAAUCCGGUAUAAACAAUGUCUUCACUAUACUUCCUUACUGAGUUGACUUUUUUCAUCUCUUGUUAGUAAAUGGUCAAAGCUUUUAAAAAGUUAUUUUUUGAGAAACGAUUAUAGUUUCAAGCCAAAACUUAUACAUGGUUAGAUGCGCAAUAGAAUUUCUCUAUCGAACCUGCUAUUCAGUAUUUUGAUGCUUCCAAGUUUUUAAAUCUGGCAGGGUCCUUUUGUUGGUAUACUCACGUAUUUUUAACGCAGACGGUUACAUGGGAUGCGCUGCAGUUUCUCCUCUCUUUCAUGUUCUAUGGAAGCUUAAGAAGAAGGUUACGGCUAUAAAGAUACAACAGAUCUAAAAAAUUUCAUUCAUUAUAAGUAUUGACAAUGACAUUGAAUUCUGUGGAAAAAAUUACGCAUAUUUUGGAAGAGGAAGAAUCACCUGAAAUGUUGGGCCUAAUCUUACCUGAGGUUGGAAACCUUGAACAAAGAGACCUUCAUUAGACUUCUCCGAGCUUUUAAACUGGCCUUUAUUCACUAACAGUGCAAUAUUUAACAAAAACAUUUUCUGAAUAAAGACUCGUGAUUCAUCAGUGGUAGGUCCAGACAAUAUGAAAAAGACGAUGUUUUUGUCUUUCUCUAAGACUCAUCAAUUAAGUUCAUUUUUUUAAUAACAUGAAACUGAUGGGUUCGUUAAUGAUUAAUAUUACUUCGUCCUGAAUAUAUUAAUGAGUGUGUAUGAUUUUUUUAUGUUCCAAUGUUGGCAGGUAUUCUCAGUAACAAAAAAAACAAGUCUGACAUCCCACAUUAUAAAUAUGCAUUUAAAAUUACUAUCAUGAAGCAGUAAAUAUUAUUUAACGAAACCAUUAAAAUGUUUUUCUUCCUACAGAAAAAAUAUUUUUCUUCUACUAAAUGUCAGGAAUGCAUUAUUUCUAUGAUUUCAUCGAGUAUAUGUAUAUGCUUGGAAGAACAGUAAUCGAUUAACUACACAAGUUUGGAGCUGCCAGAAAGAAACAUAUUUUUGUCCAAUACUUAUCAAUAACAAGAAUGCGUACGAUUCCGUAUUUGUUAGUCUGUUUGAUACUGCUGCUUUGUGUAGGUAUGUUAAGAAUACGUUCUGGCUUUCUGCUAUUGACUGAUCUCAUUCUUUUUUGUAGCUGCAUCAACAUGUGCGAACGUGUAUUAUGUAUCGAAAUCUGGACAUAACAAUAAUUCGGGUUUGAGUUUAACGCAAUCAUGGCUAACUGUUCAAAAGGCAGCAAACACAGCUUUACCAGGCUCUACAGUCUAUGUUCGAGCUGGAACAUACAUGGAAACUGUGACAAUCAACGUCCAAGGAAAUUCGAAAGAUGGCUAUAUCACAUUCCAAAAUUACCAACAGGAGAAAGUAAUCCUUUCCGGUCAAAAUGCUAAGAGUACAUCGGUGGGUGACAUUCUUAAUCUGAUUUACAUUGAAGACAAGAGUUAUUUGAAAAUCAUAGGUUUUGAACUAACAUCUCUCCGCGCUGUUGAAUGUUCAGGGAUUCGAAUCGUGGGCUCAGGGUCGUUUAUCGAACUGAGACAGAAUGUAAUCCAUAAUAUUAAGGGUGGAGGAAAUGAGGGAGGGGCGAUGGCCAUUACGGUUUAUAACAAGAAUCAGCAGCAAUCCCGUUCGGAACUGAUUAUCUCCAACAACACAAUCUACGACUGUGAGCCAGCUUGGUCCGAAGCACUUACUUUGAAUGGAAACAUCGAGCACUUUCAAGUAACGUAUAAUCUCGUACACGACGUUAAUAAUAUUGCAAUUGAUUUUAUUGGGGGUGAAAGUGGAAUGGGCUCAAAGGUAACUCGCUCUGGUCUCUGUUCAAAUAACACUGUUUACAAUGUAAAUUCGUCGUACGACCAAAGUGCAGCCGGAAUUUAUGUAGACGGCGCGAAAAACAUCACCAUCAAAUUCAAUCGUGUGUACAACUCGAACUUGGGAAUUGAAAUCGGAGCAGAGAAUAAGGGUAUCGUAGCAUCAGAAAUACUCGUUACGAAUAAUUAUUUAUACAAUAAUUAUAAGUUGGGUUUGGCUUUUGGAGACGUGGCCGUGUUCAGAACUGUCAGAAACGAACAUUCAUUUCAGAAUAAUGUUUUAGAAAACAACGAUCGGCAGCAAACUGGUAAUGGCGAAAUUGUCGUCUCCUAUGCCUCCCGAAAUAAAGUCCUGCAAAACACCAUAAAACCAAAUAGCCAGAAUAUCGUCAUGUUUACCUUACCUAAGGGAAAUGAAGACAAUUCAUUCGAUUAUAAUUUAUAUCAUCCAAAUGGAAAGGACUCGACAGGGGAUGAUUUGAUAUUCAACUGGAAUAAUAAGGAAUACGAUGGACUGACCCAGUUUCAACAGGAAACAGGUCAAGAAAAACAUGCCAAAGUGUAUUAG